AUGACAUUUCAUCUUACACUUUUGGUUGCUAAUUUGUUCAUGUGCUCCCAAGCGUCUGCCCGAAGGGUAUGCAAACGCAUAGGAGAACUAUUAUUAAUUUUAGAUGCAGUUCGUUUUCUAAGUGAAUCAUGGAAGGACUUUGAUGGUGAAACUAAGAAAAAAAUGACUGAAAUUUAUAACAAAGAACUUGAACAAUACAAAGACAAUAUAAAAGUUUUUAAUCAAAGCUUGACUGUUGACCAAAAAAAUGAGUUGUUUCGAGUCAAAUAUGAACAGUUAGAACAAAGAACAAAACGCAAACUCAAAAAAGAAUUAAAAGAAUUAGGUAAACCCCGUAAACCUUUAACUGCAUAUUUGAAGUUUGUAACUGAAGAAAUAAAAAACCAUGGAAAUGAACCAGUUCAAACUUAUAUGGUAACAGUUGCUAAUAAAUGGAAAGAAUUGGAUGAAAAUAGAAAAUCAAAGUAUAUUGAAUCAGCUGCUGUAGAUAACGAAAACUAUAAAAAUGAACUUCUUAAGUGGGAAAAUGAUAUGAUAAAAGCAGGACGAUUGGAUUUAGUUAGACCUCGUGCAUUAUCUAAUGAUGAUACAGAUAAUUAAAAUUAAAUUUUACAAUUUCAUCAAUAUAUUUGUGUGUUAUUAGUGGCUAUUAGUUUACUUUUUUUUUUCUUAUGUCAAAAAUACUAAUUUAUUAUUUUCUAAUAUUAAAAAGUAAUGUA